ACAAACACACGUUACUAUUAUGUUGAAACAUUUGACAGGAACUAAUAUUACAUAUUUAUGUAACUGUUUAUCAGAUGCUUGUGUUCAGCAUGCCGAAAAUACUAGAGAAAUUCAGACAAGUUUCAAACUCGGAUAUCUGACAACUUGUAAUAAAUGGUUCAGGAGCAGGGAAGAGCAUUCUUUGAAGAACUUUGAUGAAAGUUUUUCAAGACUGCUACAUAUUGUGAUAGAUUUGGUACAGACAGAUGCUGACCCUUUUGUACUGUAUGCUGCUCGCCAAGCACUUGUAGCCCUGUUGGAACAUCCAAGUCAUAAGGUAGAAGUGAAAAAAUGCUUUCAUGGAGUAUUGGAUUGCCUUGGAAAAAAGGAAAUUGGCACAUUAAACAAAAACACAAUACUGGAGGUAACAUCUGACCUCCUUCAAGGAGAGUUAGCAAUCACUAUUCUAGAUGUUGUGAAACAGACAUUUCCUUGGCUAACAGAAAUCUUAUUAAGAUUACCAUUCCAAAAUGACAAUUUGAUUUUAUUGACAACGUUUAUUAUUUUGUGGAGAAAGUCAGCUAAGAAAUGUCAAGACCUGCAGUUAGAUUUGCAUUGGGUUAUGGACUUUGAAAACCUUCAACAAACUGUACAUAGGAUCAGUGUUACUGAGAAGCACCUGUAUUCCAGACAUGUGAUUCACUUGUUUAAAACGUUUUACUCCUAUGGCCAGAGUUUGUGUUUGAAGACCUCUCUUGAGCCUAUCUAUGUGAAACUAGGAACAGCAAUAAUACAAUGGGCCCUAGGCAGAGGAAUAUGCAACCUGUAUGAUGAAACUGCUUCUGGGUUUGGCGGGACACUGGUUUUUGUCUCCUGCAAAUCACAAAUGAAACCAGAAUUUGGAAAUUUGUCUUCUCUGCGACAGCUUGCUGCUUUACUUUUGUCUGUGGCUGCUACCAUUAUCCGGUUUUCUCAAGAUACAGAAGUUAAUCUAGCACUUCCAGACCUUUCCAAGUGUCUUCUCCAGCUGAACGACCAUGCUACUGUAACAGUGCAUGGCUGUGACCAUAGGGGUGAGUCUUUUGACUGGAUGACCACUGUGUUUGGUGACCAGGACGACACACUGAUGGAAGCCUUCUUAGAAGUACUGGACAUCUACUGUAUCACCAACAAGAGAUCAGAGACAUUCAGACCAUAUCUCGAGAAGCUGAUCACAACAAUAAAUCCACACCGACAGUUUUACCAGCUGUUACAAAUGACCAGCUUUGACCACAGUGUAUUGGUUGACCUUUUAACCUCUCCUGAGACUUGUGCCCUUCUGUAUCUUACACGUUACCUGAAGUGUGUGAUUAAUGAAUGGGGAAGUUUUGUGGAAACAUUAGACUGUCUCGGUAACACUGAUUACACCUGUAAACACUUAGACAGGAAGUGGGAUCCAGAAAAUUGUUUGACACAGAAUCGAGGCAGUGACUUCAUGAAAAAUUCAUGGGAAGAUGUCACAAAGUCUACUAUGGAAUCACAAAAAACAAACUCUGAUGAAAGAAAAAAUGUGGAGGAAGAAAAGAUUGCCAGUUCUAUACAAGAUAACCAAAGUACAGAUUAUCAAACUGAAAUAAAAUGCAAAUGUCCCAAAUCUCAAUUUGUCAUAGACUCAAAGCUAUUAGUGAAAACAAGUCAAGGUGAAAAAGAACAUGUUUCUGGUAUAGAGGACUGUCCUGAACCUAAAUCUGUUACAGACACAUUGCUGUCCAAACACAUCCGAAAUGAAGGUAAAACAAAUGAUACUGUCACAUGCACAUUGGGCUCAAGCGGGCUUUCACUGUUGGGACAGUACAGCAGUGAUGAUGAUGAUGAUGAUGAUGAUGAUGGGUUUUCUGGUCAAGUAACUACUGACAAAUUAGCAGCAGACAGUUCUCACAUCAUUACCAGUAUGGAUACCACAGAGACAGAACCUACGUGGUCAGGUGAUGUAUCAGAGUGUUGUGGAAAUCCAGUAAGUGAUUUAACAGGACAAUCUGAAUCUAUGGAAACCGAGGAAACCUGUGGAAAUACACUGGUGGUCAACAGAUGCCUUGACGAAACCAUGGCAACACUUAUACGACUCAGGCUGAAGUUGGAGAGUUUGUAUGAAGGUGGGCUCCUGGUGUACCAUCCCGGCCCCCUGGUCCGACUCAUCGAUCAGUGUGAGACACUGUACGAACAAUAACACAUACUGAUGUACUAUCCUGCCUCCCAAGUGUGACUCAUCACAGUGUGAGACACUGUACAAACAAUAACACAUACUGAUGGACUAUCCCGGCUCCCUGAUCUGACUCAUCACAGUGUGAGACAUUGUACGAACAAUAACACAUACUGAUGGACUAUCCCAGCCCCCUGAUCUGACUCAUCACGGUGUGAGACACUGUACGAACAAUAACACAUACUGAUGUACUAUCCUGCCUCCCUAGUCUGACUCGUCACAGUGUGAGACACUGUAUGAACAAUAACACAUACUGAUGUACUAUCCUGCCUCCCUAGUCUGACUCAUCACAGUGUGAGACACUGUACAAACAAUAACACAUACUGAUGGACUAUCCCAGCCCCCUGAUCUGACUCAUCACACUGUGAGACACUGUAUGAACAAUAACACAUACUGAUGUACUAUCCUGCCUCCCUAGUCUGACUCGUCACAGUGUGAGACACUGUACAAACAAUAACACAUACUGAUGUACUAUCCUGCCUCCCUAGUCUGACUCAUCACAGUGUGAGACACUGUUUGAUCAAUAGCACAUACUGGUGUACUAUCCUGCCUCCCUAGUCUGACUCGUCACAGUGUGAGACACUGUAUGAACAAUAACACAUACUGAUGUACUAUCCUGCCUCCCUAGUCUGACUCAUCACAGUGUGAGACACUGUACAAACAAUAACACAUACUGAUGGACUAUCCCAGCCCCCUGAUCUGACUCAUCACACUGUGAGACACUGUAUGAACAAUAACACAUACUGAUGUACUAUCCUGCCUCCCUAGUCUGACUCGUCACAGUGUGAGACACUGUACAAACAAUAACACAUACUGAUGUACUAUCCUGCCUCCCUAGUCUGACUCAUCACAGUGUGAGACACUGUUUGAUCAAUAGCACAUACUGGUGUACUAUCCUGCCUCCCUAGUCUGACUUGUCACAGUGUGAGACACUGUUUGAUCAAUAGCACAUACUGGUGUACUAUCCUGCCUCCCUAGUCUGACUCAUCACAGUGAGUAAAUUCACAACAGAGGUGGAAGUUAAGAGUAAAUUCUCUAUAGAGGUGGAAGUUAAGAGUAAAUUCUCUUUAGAGGUGUAUGUUAAAGAUAAAAUUCACAUUAGAAGUGGAAGUUGGAGUAAAUUCUCCGUGGAUAUGUACAUUAUGAGUUAUAGUAUCCUGACAUUUCCUAUCUGUAGUUUUGAAAAAUUGAAGUCUCCACAUGGAGCUAUAUGUAGUACAAAGUAAGCUGUAUUACAGCUAAGUAGUACAGAGGUCAUGUGUUUAACACCAUAAUUUAAUACACCCUUAUGUGUUGUGAGAAAAAGCUUGUUGAGUAAAUAUUAAAACCAU